UAAUGGCUGCUCUUCUAGAAAUUGAUGCGCGCGCGCUCAGUGUUCCAUGUUUCUAAACAUGGCAGGUCGCAGUGGUUUCGACGAUGGAAAUCCUAGGGACUUCGGCGGAGGCCGAAGGACAGCGGGCGGGCGCCCGCUUCCCACCGAGCCACCAUACAAGGCAUACGUCGGAAACUUACCCGGUGAUAUCAUUCAAGGAGAUAUUAACAGAAUUUUUCCCAAUCUAUCCAUUAAAAAUGUGCGAUUGGUGAUGGAUAAAGAAACAGACAGAUUCAAAGGGUUCUGCUAUGUAGAAUUUGAAUAUCUUGAUGACUUGAUUAAAGCCAUUGAAAUGAAUGGUCUUCUCAAUGUGGACGGAAAUUACAUAAAAAUAGAUGUGGCAGAAGAAAAACGAAAUGACCGAGGGGGCGGAUUCGACCGCGGGCGGCGGGACGGGGGCCGCGGGCGCGACGGCGGGCGCGACGGCUUCCGGCGGGACGGGGGCGGCGGCGGCGGCGGCGGCGGCGGCCGCGGUACGUACGACCACUUCGACGCCGAGCGCCGCCCGCCCCGGCACCAGGGUGGAGGGUUUCCUCAUGAUCGCGAGCGCGGCGGGGGCGGCGGCGGCGGCGGCGGCAACGAGCGGUGGGGCGGCGACGCGCGCGCCGAGUCGCGCGGCUCGCGCGCGCCGGCCGAGGAGCCGCGCGCGCAGGACUGGGGCCGCAUGGGCGCGCGCGCCGCGCCCGCGCAGGGCGUCGCCGCGCCGCCGCGCCGCAACUUCGACGACAUGCCCAACUCCCGCCCGGAUACAACAGGCAGACCAAAGCUGAAGCUGCAGCCGCGGACGGUGACGGAGCCGGUGAACUCGCUGGCGUCCACGUCGCAGGCGUCGUCCAUCUUCGGCGGCGCGCGGCCCCGGGAGGAGCGGCUCAAGGAGCUGUCCAACGAGUAGCGCGCGCCGUGUGCGCGACUCGGCCCGCACGGCCCGGCUGUGCGCCCCCUCAGUGCCCAGAUAUGAACUGGAAGGCUUUCGUUAGGUUACGAGGUUGUAAAUCAUUUUUAUCAUAUAUUUUGUUAGCUUUAUUAUCUAUCAUUAAUGAGCUUAUAUUAGACCCUGCGCUCAUUUUAGAGCGCGCGUCCGAUGUCAUUCGCAGUAUUUAAAUUGCUAGUGUCGAAUGUCUAUUAAAUUCUCCGGGCUUGUUUUUACGAUAAACUAUGGCUUGCAUAAUAUAUUUUUUAAUUAGAAGAAAAACUUGUCAUUCGUUUGUUAACUAAUUGAUUUAGUUAUAUUAUAUAAUUGAUACAUCUUCGUUUCUCAAAUGUGGCGAUCUGCCUCGUUGUGGAUUCACUGUUGUACUUGUUUAUCCAUUCGAUUGUUUAGUCUGUUAGGUCACGAAAAUUUAAUCACGGAAUGAGUAACUAUGAAAAUAGUUUAAGAGCUGAUGUAAUUACGGUUUCAUUAAUAAAAUUAACUUCCACGUA